AUGUGGAAGUCGUCGUUUAACGAAAUUGAUCCGGCAACUCGGUCAGCCGGCGCUGCUCUGCUAUGUGCCAUAACAAGGCAAUAUCUAUUCUCCAGGCAAUCCGAGCUCUGCUCCGAGAUACUGGCCUGGCUGAUACUGCCGAUUGUGUUCAAGAUUACGAGCAGCCCACGCAUAAACAAGUUCUUCGCAGCCGCUCCCUGCAAUUUCGAAGCUCAACCUACAUCUGCAGCAUCAUUAUCAAUAGUUACCGUAGGACUUGUUGCAUUUUGCCUUAGUACUGCAGGGAAUGGCAAGUCUGAGUUCUUGAAGUAUCUUGGAUCCGAGCUUCGUCCCCCAAGAACAUCUAAUUCUAGGUUCUUCCACCCUUUUGUGAACACAAUCUUAGGUACCACAUUUGCUGCAUCAUUUUUCAUUUUUAUCCUAUCAGACUGGAAUCUUCGAGGACAUGCCUUAUCGAUUAUCCCAGUUGCUGCUCUUCUCGUGGUCUAUACCACCCUCACACCUAGGACCGAUAAGAGCUCUCGAUAUCUUCCGUCUUUUGAUAUCGAAGGAACGAUCAUUCCUCUUUCAUUACGCGUUGUAGUUGUGCUAGGCCUAGCGCUAGUUGUGGAAAUUCUUGCGUUUGAUCUCCCUAGAAGCACAGUCGUAGCUAUAUCAGCGCUAGGGUUGGCUAAAGCUUUGUUUUGGUAUUUUAUAAUUCAAACAGCUAGAAAUUCUUCGUGGAACACUACAUCUAUCAUAGAAACGUUCAGUGUCAUAUCCACUAGAGAUCCCUUCACGCAAUCUUCGGAUACCCAAAGUUUAUUCUUCGUUAUAGCGUCUUUGCUUGCCCUUGGCCAGACCGUUCACAUACUUCCAAAGCAGGCGAAGGCCAAGUCAUGGCUGUGGCUGUUUUCUCUUGUUUCUCUUGUUCCAUACCUUGCGAACAUUCUGACCAUUAGACUCUCGCAAACUUCAUCAUUGAUUUACUCUCAGCAGCACCCCGUCGAAGCCUUAAUCCAAAACGCCAAUGCCACUUUCAACGCCUUGCUUCACAAACAAUCCCGAAACUACACAGCAGCCCAUAACGAAUAUCGACGUCGAUACGGUACAGAAACCCCUCCAGGCUUCCAAGCCUGGUAUGAAUUUGCAAAAUUCCAUCAGUCACCCAUCAUCGAUGACUUUGAUAUGAUUUACGAUGCUAUUUCCCCAUUUUGGAAACUCAGCGGUCAAGAGGUACUUGAGAUUAUGAGUCAUAUACAAAAUGAGCCGAACAACGAGCUGUGGCUCUGUACAUUUUCUGGCCUCCAGGCCAAGACUGAAUGCAGCCAUCCCCAGCGCACCUUUGACAGGCACAACCAACUCUUGUUCAACAAGCUAUUGGAGAAUUUGCGUGGUGUUCUUCCGGAUGUCAAGUUUCUUGUCAAUCAUCUCGAUGAACCGAGGGUCCUGAUUCCUUCGGCUGCAGAAGGUUUUCGUGGCAAUGUAUGGUUCAACUUGACUGAUAUGUCAAGACGACCGGUCUGGGACACGCUUACUAGAUUUUGUCCUUCUCAAGGAGGUAGGAGAAAUGUUCGGGAUGGGCACACGGUGGAAACGUUUGCCCUCCCUUUCGUCACCAAUCGAGUGUCGGACUUAAACCUGUGCUGGCAUCCGGAGUACCGCGCUAUACAUGGUCUCUCCAUGAGCCCUUCAGCUUUUCGCCUUAUUGCAGGAUCCAUACCGGUAUUGACGACUGGGUCGCUGUCCACCAUGGGUGACAUCUUGUAUCCCAGCCCAGCUUAUAUCGAGUCCGAGUUUCAAUAUGUUGAAGCAAAUGACGUGGACUGGGAUAAAAAGAUAAACAAUCUUUACUGGGCCGGUUCUACAACAGGCGGCUUUGCUUCGACCGAUCAGUGGCGGGACUAUCACCGGCAAAGGUUUGUGAGCUUGGCGCAGAAUUUGAGAAGGCGUCAACAUUAUUACCUACGAGAAAAGGGCGGAGUGAUCAGUCGUGUGAGCUCAUCAUUUCUCAAUAGCAGAUUGUUCGACGUUGCCUUUACUAGAAUAUUCCAGUGCAAGAAGAAAUACUGCCGGGACCAACAUAUGUACUUUAAGGUUAAGUCGUGGGCGGACAAAGACAAAGCGCUCCGGUCGCGACUCGCAUUUGAUAUUGACGGAAAUGGCAUUAGCGGCCGCUACUACAAGCUUCUAGCUUCCAAAUCUGCGCCGUUGAAACAAACCCUAUUCCGAGAGUGGCAUGACGAGCGUCUAGUGCCAUGGGUGCAUUACAUACCGGUCAGCCAAAGUUUGGAAGAGCUUCCUGAGCUUGUGUUCUAUCUCACUUCAACCGAAGCUGGGCAGAAAAGGGCCAGAGAGAUUGCAGAGCAGGGUAGAGACUGGUUUUCUAAGGCCUUCCGCGAUGUUGAUCUGACAGUUUAUACCUAUCGGUUAAUGCUAGAGCUGGCGAGACUACAAGAUCCAAAAAGGCCAGCAGCUUGA